AUGGCGAAGGGGGACGCGCCGAAGAGCACGCCCAGCGUCAUGGGCGUGCCAUUGAAGCUGGUGUCUUUGGUGACGCUUACCUUCCAAAAUUCUGCCCUCAUACUCAUAAUGCAUUACUCCCGGAUAAUGCCCUCUACAGGCGGGAAUCGGUACUAUACAUCGACUGCCGUGUUCCUUAACGAGGUUAUAAAACUUGCGGUUUCUUUGUCGAUCGCACUGUACGAUAUCUCGAGAACACUUCCUCCGUCGACACCGGCCACAGUCCUUUUCGAGCAGCUUUAUACAUCUGUGUUUUCAGGAGAUGGGUGGAAGUUGGCUCUUCCAGCGACGCUAUACACGCUGCAGAAUUCACUGCAGUAUGUUGGUGUGAGCAAUUUAGACGCCGUGCAUUUUCAGAUCCUAUAUCAGCUGAAGAUCCUCACAACGGCGAUUUUCAGCGUUACGAUGCUAGGCAGGGCUCUUUCGUCGAAACGGUGGAUUGCCCUUGUCCUCCUCACAGUCGGAGUUGCCGUUGUCCAACUUCCCUCACAAGAUUCCUCAGCAUAUGCUUCUAUCAGGGAUUCCGAAUCACGAUUCUACUUCCCCCGGUCUUUCCACGAAUUGGGACAAAUUAGCAAUGGCGCCGUUGACGUAGCGCGAGAGCUCACCAGACGAGGUAUGGAGGAAUUCUCCGAAGGCCUUACGAAACGCUCAGCAACAUACGAGGGGAUACAGGAAGACUUGGGCAUGACGAAGCCUCUCAUGAAUUACUCCAUUGGGCUAUCUGCAGUCUUGUGCGCGGCUGUCAUCAGCGGAUUAACUGGGGUAUACUUCGAAAAGGUGCUCAAGGAAUCCACAACACAUGUCACGGUCUGGACACGCAAUGUACAGCUCUCAUUCUACUCGUUGUUCCCGGCCCUGAUAUUCGGCGUUAUCCUGAAGGAUGGGGAGGGAAUCGCAAAGAAUGGCUUCUUCGUGGGAUACAACUGGGUUGUUUGGACCGCUAUUAUAUUCCAGGCUUUCGGGGGCGUGUUGGUUGCCAUGUGCAUCAACUAUGCCGAUAAUAUCGCGAAGAAUUUUGCGACCUCCUUUUCUAUUAUUUUCAGUUUUCUGUUUAGCGUCUGGUUCUUUGAUUUUACUGUUACCUUCACUUUCCUCUUUGGCACAGCAGUGGUCAUGAUAGCAACAUAUCUCUACAGCAGCAACGAUCGGACCCGAAGACGCCCCCCUCCGAUAAAUAUUGCAAGUUACGAGAAGACAACUAUCGAUGAUGGAUAUACGCCGCGAUAUCUUGAGGUGGAGAGACCGAAAUUGGAUCCGUUGGAAAACCUAAAGAGUGCCGGUCUAUCGACUUCCAGACCUUCGAGUCCCCUGAGACACCAUUCGCGUGUAGGUUCCUCGAGGGGAAAGAUCAAAAGAGAUGAUUGA